AUGGCAGAGGAUUAUUCGUCUCAAUGGAUCAUAAAAAAAGAACAGCUAAAUUGCACGCCGUCUGUAUUAGACAAGAUUCCACUUCAGCAAGAAGAAAUUCAACGAUCAAAAGGAUGUAGUUUUAUCAUUAACGUCGGUACAAAACUCAAGCUUCCUCAAUCAACAUUGGCAACGGCCAACAUUUUCUUGCAUCGUUUUUAUUUACGACACUCUUUAAAAGAAUAUCACUACUACGACAUUGCGGCAACAUGUAUCUUCCUUGCUUGUAAAGUUGAAGAUACGAACCGAAAAGUUCGUGACAUAGUCGUUUACUGUGCUAAAGUCGCUCAAAAAAAUCUAGACCUAGAGAUUGACGAGCAAACUAAGGAGUACUGGAAGUGGCGGGACGCGAUUCUGUACACAGAAGAAGUUUUACUAGAUUCGUUGUGUUUUGAUCUCACUCUUCUUCAUCCGUACGAGCAAAUUCGUUCACUUGCCUCCCAAUUUGCGCCCGAAUCGAAAGACUUAACAAAAAUUGCUUGGACAUAUUUGAAUGAUAGCACGAGAAGCAUAACGUGCUUACUCCAUCCUUCAUAUGUGCUUGCUGCAGCAUCUUUUGCAUACGCACUGCGAAAAACAAAAACAACACCUAUCGUGAAAGAAGACGGAACGACGUGGAUGCAAGAGAUGAAUGUAACACAGGAACAAAUAGAUGAUGUAUUGAAUACAGUCUCUAAUCUGUUUCGCGCGAUGAAUUCCUUGAAAACCCCAUCUCAAGGAACACCUGCUCGCUCCAAUCCUAGCACAUCAUUUGGUAGUCCAAGUGUUUCAGCUCCGCCGAGCACCGUAGGUGAUAAUAUGAACACCCCAGAAGAGGAUGCACUAUGCGAAGAAAACAAACUACUGCCGACUGCCUAG